UAUAAUAGUGAAUGAUAGUUAAUUUGUUUUAAAGCAUUAUAUUCUUAGUUUGCUUUUAUUUGUGUCUUUCCGCAAUAAUUAUAAUAUUAUAUGAAAGUUACUCCUCUCCUCCCAAUACUCAAAUUUUUGCUUCGCCUCUCCAACUCCUAUAAUAAUCAUAAUACUAAUACAAAAUUUACCUAACUUCUACAACUCUAAUAAAGAAUAUAAUUAUGUUCAAUUACAUAACAAUACUCGCAGUAUUACUCGUACGUACCAGUACCACUCAUACUUUAAUAAUGAUAUUAUGUUCUCAUGUCUUAAAAAAAAAAAAAUUCUACAAUACUAAUACUAUCCUUCAAAUUCAACAAUCAAACUACCCUUAAAUCUUUUCUCAUUUUGAUGUUGUGUGUAGUAUGUAGACCACCAUAUUUAAUUUAAUACUGUGUAUAUCUUUGGCUCAUCACCAAAACAUGUCCUCGUGACUCCCCAGGCAACUAGUUUUUGUAAAUUACAAUACAACACGAAAGCUAGCCAAGAAAAUGCUCAACCGGCGCUCGACGUAGGGAAUGAGAAAAUCAACAAGGAAUUAUUGCCGGGCGACACCGGAUUUAUAACGGCGGCUAAGGGAUCUCCCCGUCGUCAAUUAGAGACUUGAAAGGACUUGAAAAACCUAUCUUGUGUUUGCCUACGAAAAAUGAAUUCAAAUCUGGUUCGCAAGCCUGCUAUUGCUCUACUUCUGGUAGCAGCUUUUCUCAUGAUCUCUUGUGCAAAUGCAUCAAGGAUGGUCGAAGUGCAACACAAGAGGAGGAAGAAGAAGAAUCUAUGCGAUGAUCUAACUCACUGUGGUCCGCACCUCACUUGCUCGGUAUGCUGCAGCAGUUACAAUGGUCAGAACUUCGCUUGCUCGUUCUGCUGUAAAUAAAAGUGGCGCCCGGUGAAAGAAGAAAAGAAAACACGAGAGUCGAUUCAUUCCCGGUUUGGGUAUGUUCCUGUGUGCGUGUUUAAUUUCUUCGUAUACUGCAAUCGUCCUCUGUUCUUCAUCAAACCCAGAAAUGGCAGCAAAACUUAGUGUAAUCAAAGAGCAAGUAAUUUAAUUAUCUGGAAACAACUACGGCCAAGCCAGCUGCAUUUGAAAUGAAUAUCAAUUGAGUUGCAAAAGGGGGAAGAAGAUCAAAACUUGAUCAGAACAGGUCGACGAUUACAAUAAGAAAACUAGCAGAGGAAAGACAUUCACACAGUGAAGGUCCCCGAAACGUUUCGUGGGCGGAUUCUAGAUCGAACCCCCAAGACACGAUCCGCUGCAUUCGUCCUCCCCGUUUCUGGACGAGGCCGUAGGAGUUCCAGUCGGAAAAGAGAGACGACGAUGGCUUUGUUGCUGUCAACAAACAGUCCGUCUCUCGUUGAAGCUUGGAAGCUGAGAAUCCAUGGGGGGAGAAAACAGGGGAGAAAGGGAAGCGCAGGAUUCUAGAAUCAGGCCUCGGUGAACAGAUGGGCUUCAGCUUUGACAAAGGCCCAAAAAGAUUCUUCUCUAUAUAAUCGAAAGCCCAAAGGACUGGAAAUCCGGCGGCGUUUAUCGAGGGAGGCAGGCCCACGGCCGACGAAAACUGGAAACCCGACCCAAUUGGAGAAACGGGCGAAACGCGAAACGGCCGAGAAAGAUUCUUUAUUUAAUUGAAGCCCCAAAGGAAGAAGAACGCGACAGCGUUUUGGGAAAGAGGAAGGGGGUAUGCCUGGGAAAGUUGGGCCAGCCUUUCACAGAGGGCCCAAAUGGGCCUCUGCUUCAUUUAAUCGAAGGCCCAAAAAACAAGAAAUGCAGCGCCGUUUCGGAAGACUGGUCGGCCUACGGCCGGCGAAAACUGGAAACUCUUGCAAAUUGGAGAAACGGGCGAAACGCGAAACGGCCGAGAAAGCUUCUUUAAUAAAUUGAAGCCCCAAAGGAAGAAUAAUGCGGCAGCGUUUUGGAAAGAGGACGGGGGUAUGGCUUCGAAAGUUGGGCUUUCCAUUUACAAAGGGCCCAAAUGGCCUGUGCUCCAUUUCAUUGAAGGCCCAAAAAACUGGAAAUGCAGCGCCGUUUCGGGAGACCGGUCGGCCUUAGGACGGCGAAACCUGAGAACCCCCACAUAAUGGUGAAACGUGCGUCAGAAACGGACGAAACGCGAAACGUUUCGGCUCCUCAAAACCAAAAUCGAAACGCGAUAAAUUGACGAGAAAUUGAAAUUGACGAUAUUUUGGGAGAUAAUAAAAUAUCGCGAUAUUU